GCAUGCGGGAGCUGCGGCGGCCGGGCCUCCACGUGCGGGCGGAGUCGACUCCGGGCCGGUGGGUGAGCAGAAGCCCAGGCCUCCCUCCUCCGGGAAGCCCUCCGAGACCGGCCUGCGCCGUUUCCAGCGCAGUCCCUGACGGAGGCGCCUGCGGCUUCCGCGUCCGCUCGGGGUCCAGCGCCCUCGUGCCUGCCCAGCCGGCCUUGCGCGAUGCCGCUGCCCCAAGGCAGGAGCACGUCCCAGGCCUCCCUUGUCCAGAGCCAUGAGCUGAUGGGGACGGAGCCCCGGGAGGCCCCGGAUUCUGCCCCGUGCCUGUGCCCGAGCCUUGGUGGCCUGAAUGCUAAGGACGGGCUUCGGAGCCGGCACAAGAGGAGGAGCCGGCAGCACCAGCGGUUCAUGGCGCGGAAGGCCCUGCUGCAGGGGCAGGGGCUGCUGAACCUGCCCCCGGAGCCAGAGCCGCUGCCGGGCACCCAGGCUCCUGACAGCCAGGGGCAGCACCCAGGGGCCGGCUCGGGCUGUGCCCCAUGCAGUAGGAAGCCCACCCGCAAGGAGGCCGCGGGACUCUUGCCCAGCAAGUGUGUGGCCAUUGACUGCGAGAUGGUGGGCACGGGACCCCGGGGGCGGGUGAGCGAGCUGGCCCGCUGCUCCGUGGUGAGUUACCACGGCGACGUGCUCUACGACAAGUACAUCCGGCCGGAGAUGCCCAUCACAGACUACCGCACACGCUGGAGCGGAGUCACCCGGCAGCACAUGCGCAAGGCCAUCCCCUUCAAGGAGGCCCAGAAGGAGAUCCUGAAACUCCUGAAGGGGAAGGUGGUGGUGGGGCACGCCCUGCACAACGACUUCCAGGCCCUCAAGUACGUGCACCCUCGGAGCCAGACCCGGGACACCACGUACGUCCCCAGCCUCCUCAGCCAGCCCAGCCUCCACGCCCGGGCCCGGGUCUCUCUCAAGGACCUGGCUCUGCAGCUGCUGCACAGGAGGAUCCAGGUGGGCCGGCACGGGCACUCGUCUGUGGAAGAUGCCACAGCGGCCAUGGAGCUCUACCGACUGGUGGAGGCACAGUGGGAGCAGCAAGUGGCCAGCGGCCUCCAGGCCCACCGUGAGGACGGGGACCCUGACAGCAGCACUGACAUGGAGCAGUACAUGGAAGACCAGUACUGGCCUGCGGACUUGGCCCAGGGCCCCAGAGGAAAAGCUGGGGAGGAGUGAAGCUGUAGAAGGAGGACCGAGGGACUAGGGCAGGGCCUGGCCGUGUCCUGUCUCCCGCCCGUGGCACAGCCCUGUCUCCAGUCCCUGGACUCACUCGUGGCACUUUACACCCUCCAGGAAAUGGCGAGCGGAUGGCCCCCUGGGGCCUAGCACGCCAGUCCCUGGCCUUCCCCACCCCCACAUCUGAGGUCACCAGCAGGUGCCGCCCACCGGGCUGUCAUCUUCCUUGGGGCACAGGUGGGGUGAGCACCCAUCUGUGGUCAAUGAGUGGAAUAAACAGAGCUGGAGUUGA